CGUUCAGCCAUGACAGCUGCAGUAAGAAAACCUUUCAUGUCGGGUGGAUCGUCGUGGGUUAAAAGUUUGAGCGGAAGUUGGGGUUAAUCAUUGUCUCAUUAAAGCGGUUUCGUCUCAUGAAAGCGGAUUUCGUUUCCUUCGCCAGCAUCGCCGGUAACGUUCCCCGUGGAGCCCAAGAUGAACGCGAGCGGCGGAUCCCGCGGCGGGAAGACUUUCCUCUUCACGUCCGAGUCCGUGGGAGAGGGACACUCCGAAACGGCGACUGACUCGACUUCGUGGGUUGGAGGCGGGCGGAAAUCGCUUUCUGUGGGUGACGUCACACUCGCUCGGUCCAGUUCGUAGAUGCGGUCAACGGAAGAACGGCGGAACAUCUGAACAUCUGCUUCAGACAGACCUCUUGAUAAAAUGUGUGAUCAGAUCAGCGAUGCUGUUCUGGACGCCUACCUGAGUCAGGAUCCAGACUCUAAAGUGGCCUGCGAGUGUGUGGCAAAGACCGGCAUGAUCUUACUGGUUGGAGAAGUGACCUCCAGAGCCAAAGUGGACCUCCAGGCUGUGGUUCGAAACACCAUCAAGAAGAUCGGCUACGACAGCUCCAGCAAAGGGUUCGACUACAAGACCUGCAACGUGCUGGUGGCCCUGGAGCCGCAGGCUCAGGAGAUAUCUGACUGCGUUUUUGAAGGCAGGAACCAGGAGGACAUCGGGGCCGGAGACCAGGGCUUGAUGUUUGGCUACGCCACAGACGAGACGGAGGAGUGCAUGCCCCUGACCAUUUUACUGGCUCACAAACUCAACCACAAGAUGAAGGAGCUGUCGCGCAACGGAGACUGUCCUUGGAUACUGCCAGACUGCAAAUCCCAGGUCACUGUGGAGUAUCGAGACGAUGCGGGGGCCAUGGAGCCCCUGCGUGUCCACACUGUGGUCAUCUCAGUCCAGCACAGCCCUGACAUCAGCCUGGAGGAGAUUCGACACAACCUGAUGGAGAAAGUGGUGAAGGCCGUCAUUCCCGCCAAAUAUCUGGACGAUCAAACCGUCUACCAUUUGCUGCCUAGUGGGAAGUUCCUCCUUGGAGGCCCUCAGGGCGAUGCGGGACUCACGGGGAGAAAAAUCAUUGUGGACACGUACGGCGGAUGGGGUGGGCAUGGAGGCGGGGCUUUCUCUGGAAAAGACUACUCCAAAGUGGACCGUUCGGGGGCUUACGCGGCCCGCUGGGUGGCCAAGUCUCUGGUGAAGGCGGGACUGUGCAGGAGGGCCCUGGUUCAGAUCUCCUACUCGAUCGCGGUAAGCCACCCCCUGUCCAUCACCGUCUUCCACUACGGCACAUCCUCCAGGGACGAAGAUGAGCUGCUGCAGAUCGUGAAGGACAACUUUGACCUUCGGCCUGGAGUCAUUGUGACAGAGCUGGGACUGAAGCGGCCAAUUUACCAGGCCACCGCCUGCUACGGCCACUUCGGGAGGGAAGAGUUCCCCUGGGAAAAACCCAAACCUCUGGUGUUCUGAUCCACAUUCCUGCGACGUCAUGAACCAAUCAGGAGUUUAUUUUGAGGAUCGUUCCAUGUUUUUUACAACUGUUUUAACCAAGUUAAAAUGAGAAAAUUAUAUUAAAACGAUUUAUUUUGUAAUAUUUAAGCCUGACUGUGGAAAAACAUGCAGUAAAAAUGGCUUAAAGCUGUGAAAUCUG